GCUGAUCAUUAUACAAGAGAUUGGCCAAUAUUGAGCCCAUGGAGCAGGAACAAAAUUGCUCGUGGCAAGCGAACCCUGGUUGGUUCCCAGCUCCAUCUUAUUGACGAGUCAGUGGUCUGCUAGUCUCCGCGUGCACUCACCAGCAUUGGAUAUUAUUAUGACAGAGCACUUCUCUGGCAUUGUGGGCUAACUGUGAGACGAGAGGGCAGCGUCCGACGUCGGCAUGGACACUGACUCCAACGACGCCACAGCCUCGGAGAGUCUGAAUGGCGAGACAAAGCCAGACGCCGCGAAACUCGCCCAGACCGCCAUAAUAAAACAGGAUGUUAUGCUCUCGGCUACCACAAGUCAGUCUCCCCUGGCGACGGCCUCAUCGGUGUUCACGAUGCCGACUGUGUCACUACCGAAUGUGUCGAUGGCGUCGGCCGCUGGUCUCGGCCUCACAGACCACCUCUUCAUGUCGGUGUCAUCGGCGUCCGAUACAGCAUCGUCAGCGGCCGACCACCAUAAACACGAAUCUAACGGACUCCAUGCACUUUCCAACCCAGCCCAGUUGCUGGGGCAGCCGCAGGUGGCACCACAGUUCUUCCUCGCAGGGCAGUCAGCAGCGUCAGCAGCGGCCGCCGCCGGAACGGGACAGCUACCCAUUCAGCAACUUCUCAUUCCCGUCAGCACUGGAAAUGGUACACAACAGUUCAUCAGCAUCCCUGUUUCUAUGGCAACAGGGAGUAACCAACAGAUUCAGUUAUUGACAACAUCAAAUGGUCAAAUUGUUGCCACAAAUCUGUCAAGUCUUCAGGCAUUGGCCCAGCCUCUAAACCUUGGUCUUCCAGCAGCUAGUUUAGCGAACCCAGUUGCUGCUCAUUCUGGGCAUAGCCAGCACACAUCACUGACGGGGGCGACGAGUCACAUCAGCCACAUCAUCCCCAGUCAGCUGGCCGCAGCACUACCACAACUGCUGACUGCCAGCGCACAGAGUCAGCUCCUCGCUGUCAACUCUCAGAAUGCAGCUGCGGUGCGGAACUUGGCACUGGAUGGAAAAUUGGCACUGGAUGCUAAGUUGUUACAGUCAGCCGUGUCUGCUGCUCACGCCAGUCUUUCCUCGACCUCACACCAGUCGGCCGCUGCGUCAGGCCACACCACCAACCACAUCAACCACAGCCAGUCAGCCGCGGCAGCCAUACUGCAGCAGACGUUGAACACGGCGGCGGUGACCGGAACCACAGCGCACUCGGUCGUCACUCAGCAGAAUACAAGAACACCAUCGCUGACAUCUGCACAAGUUGCUACGACAACCAACGGAUUUCCUCCAAGUGUUAGUCAGCUGCUUCCUAACAACAGCCCCAAUGACUCUGUUCCCGUAUGUGUGCAUGCUAAUGUUGCCACACCCAUCACCGCUGUCUUCACAAAAUCCUUGAUGACAAACGCUGGACUUCCUCCCAGUAUUGCUGAACUCCUUCCCGACACGGUAGGCAACUCCACGGAGAGUACAACUGUAGACGGGAUCAACUUGGAUGAAAUCAAAGAAUUUGCACGACAGUUCAAGAUCCGGCGCCUGUCUCUAGGUCUCACACAGACCCAGGUUGGCCAGGCACUCAGUGCCACAGAAGGCCCUGCUUACAGUCAGUCCGCUAUAUGCAGAUUUGAAAAACUUGACAUAACUCCAAAAAGUGCUCAGAAGAUUAAGCCUGUGUUGGAACGGUGGAUGUUGGAAGCAGAGGAACGGUACAAGAAUGGUGUUCAAAACUUAACAGACUUUAUAGGUAGUGAACCAUCUAAAAAACGCAAGAGGAGGACGUCGUUUACACCGCAAGCUUUAGAAGUUCUUAACCAAUACUUUGAAAGAAAUACACAUCCGUCAGGGUCUGAGAUGACGGAACUAGCGGACAAACUGUCGUAUGACCGGGAGGUUAUUCGCGUGUGGUUCUGUAACAAAAGACAAGCUCUGAAAAACACAAUAAAAAAAUUGAAACAGGAAACCGGACCUUGACAUCUCUUGACGAUAUCUCCUGUUCGCUUACAGCUCCUGCCACCUGUCGUUAUUAUUGUUGAUAUUUAUUAUUUGGUUAUUCUUUUUCGUUUCUCAGGGUCGCCACGUUCUCCUUGGCUGGUUUAUUUGCUGAUAUUGGUUUUUGUUUGUCAAUGAAAAGAGGACCAUCAUAUAUGGUAUUUAAACAACUGCAGUUGUUGUUAGUGUCAUGGCAACAGUGCAAAAAAAUGAAGAAGAAAAAAAAGGUCAUGGAUCUCCUGUGGUGAGAACUGCUGAAAAUAUGGCAAAAAAUUAAACAAAAACAAACAAAAAUUGUUGAUAAUGGAAACACGUGAAAACUUGUCUUUAAUUUAAAGACAAGAUGACAAGAAUUUAGCAUAACUUGGAAUGUGAUGGAAUGUUCAGAAGAAAUAACACCACCAUGUUUCACAACUGAGGAUACCUCUGAUUCAUUGAGCUCGACAUUUAAUAUUCGUUUGAGGAACGCAUCAGUAUUGCUCACUAGGCAAACGGUUGAUACCACUGGUGUUCGGAUGUUAAAAGACUGUUGUUGGUGAAAAUGUUAUUAGUACUAAGCCAAGAGUUUAUAAUUCAUAACUUAUUCAUAUUAUGAUGCCAAAUUAAGGAUUUUUGUUUUUUACUGAAAAUAUGUGUUUUGCUUGACAUUCAUAGCAGCUUGAUGACAUAUAUCCAUAAGAGCAUUUCAUCAUCAAUUACAUUGCAUAGAAGUCUGAUGUCAUUGUAUACACUUCAUAGAAGUUUGACAUUAUUGUAUACAGUUCAUAAGAGUCUCAUGUCAUUGUCUUCAUUUCAUAGGAUCCUCAUAUCAUUGUAUACAAUCCAUCAGCACUGGAUGUCAUUGUUUACAAUUCAUAGGAGCCUUGUGUCAUUGUAUAAAGUUCAUAGGAGCUUAAUGCCAUUGUAUACAUUUCAUAGGAGUUUCAUGUCUGUGUACUGCCAUAGAAAUCUGAUAGUCUGAUAGACAAUUGAUUCAGUAUGUUACUGUAUUUACUGGAAGGAGCUUGUUUUCGCUGGAUAUAUGCUGAGGAUCUUGUGACGUAUUUUACACAAAGCAUCCUGAAUGUGAGAUCUUCAUUUAUAUACAUUAUCUCAGACAGCGGUUGCUUGAGUCAGAUAAAAUACCAGACAUGGCAAUAUUGACACAUUAUUCUUGUGGGUCACAGUUGAAACCGUUUUUGGUGGAAAUACUCAAAACCUGUUUGAAUCAUUACAUCCAUAAUAUGAAAUCAGUAACAUCUUCGUCUUGUGUUACCAAGACUAGUCUUAGAGUUUGAAGUCUCUGGGCUGUCCUGUUCCAGUUCGUUACAGAUGAAGCAAGUAUGUGGAAGUAUCAGAAAUAUUUUGUAAAAAUACAGCCUGUUUUUAAAUAUUGUAUCCAUAAUACUUAAUCUAUGACAUUUUCAUAUUGGAGUGUUCAGUUCCAUAUCAAUCCAGUUAACAAACAUUUAUUUACAGUCAAAGCAAGUAUGUGCAGGGGCCUAGCAUGGCCGGGGCCAUCGGGGCGGUUGACCUGGGCGCAAAAUUCUGGACUGGUGGAAGGGACUCUGUGAGUGCUAACGGUCCACUGGUUAGGGGGUGCAAUACUUGCCUUGCUCUGGGACGCUAGCAACCCACGCUACGCCACUGAAUAUGUGGCCGAUAAACAAUUAUGUAAUGCCUGGGGAGGUUAUGAAACAUUAUAGGCGAGGGAAGGGAGUGGUUUGUCUAGAGUUAAUGUAACAGUUUCAAAAUAAUUUUCUUAUUUUUAUUUAUAAACUAAAAUGUUGCCAGUAAUUGCUAUUUUGCCCUUUCACAGAUAGUUUUAUAGCUAGUAUUUAAUACCAAACCAAACAGAAAAUCUAACAAAAAAAUCUAAUAACAUUGGUCAAAUUAUGACAGGGGAAUCGAGGAGGGGUAUUGAUAGCAAUACAUAAUUGGGAGGGAUAUAAAAAAUGCCAAUUUUGGUUUACAUAAUUAUUCAACGGCUCAUACAUGCUAUAUUGAAAUAGAUUAUUAGUCACAUAAAAUCAAGCAUAUGAUAUUUUUAUGUGGAAAUAUAAUGUCGCAUAACAUUGAGUGUGUAACAUAUUUAUGGGUAUGUUACAUACUAUGGACACAUAACCCUGAAGCAAG